UAUAACAGUUGUCCACAAGCUUCCUAUAUAAGUACUCGUUUUGUAAAUAUAAUCCGACAACAUGAUUUUUAUUUCUUGACGGUCACUAUAGUUAUUGUUGAGCAUUUUUGUUAUAUAACAAAACGAAUAGAUAUUUUAGGACGCGUUUAUUAACUGUAAUUGAAUUUAAAAUGUGUUAUUUGAAUAUUAUAUUUCUAACAUGUGCAUUGUUAGCAACAUCAAUAGCACAAAACAGCUCAAAAGAUGCUAUCGGUUUCCCGGAAAUGGAAGAAAAUCCCGAUUUGAGAAAUAAAGAGAAUCGCCAACCAGUGUUCAUUCCGGCAAGAUGUCCGGACAACGAAUUGUUCUAUCCGGGAGACCAAAAAGACGACUGGAUUUGUGAUUGCAGACCAGCGAACCUAUAUCACCCAGGAACAGACAAAUGCUGGCCAGCUUUUCGACAAGGACCAUGUGAAGUCGGACAGUAUCUAGUUCUUCCACAAAAUUCAGUAAUUCCGGUUUGCGAGCAAAACCCUUGCAACACGGAUACAUUAGUUCAAUGGAAUGGGAAUUGUGAAAAAUUGGGAUCUGUAGCUCCUUGUAAUCAUUUAUACCCGAUAUCUUCAUCAUUAGGAGUUAAUUCUACAACAUUAGUAGUUAGCUGCGUGACGCUUUCUCUUGAGACAAGGUUUACAGAAGUAAUAGGAGCGCUAUGUCCUCCUGGGAGUAGACGAAGUGUUAAUGGUAAAUGUGUUCCUACUCUUUUAUAAGUAUUAAAUUAUUUUUAUUUCUAAGUA